AAAGGAUAUUAAAACACAAAUGAAACAGUUACGUUUCAUUUGUGAAACGGUUUUUAAGGUUAAAACGAUUUCCUAAGUUAAAAUUUUGACGACGACGUACAAAAGUUACUUUUAAAGGAAUCAGAAGAUUUUUUACUGGUAGCGGUGUGCUUUCAUGAUUUUAUUGCGUUGUCUAGAGUUUCUCCUUUUCAUGAAUAAUGUCUUUCACGUGUAUGCAAGCGAACUAAAUGGCUUGGACUGAAACACAAUAGUGAUACUGAUAUUCUGUUCAGAACGACCUGCUAACCGUAAAAUGGCCCAUAAUCUUGGCUACUGAACAAUGGACGUAAAACAUCAAACUGACAAAUUGUAGUUCACCAUGAAGUGAGAGAACUAGAGGAUCCUUUUAUAUGACACCGCCAAUGUACUUUUUAACUUUUCUUCACGUGCUGGUGGCAGCCAGUGAUGGAUUCCUUCAAUAACCACGGUGUAAAAUUUCGGCUGAUAGAGUGGAAAUACUAAAGACGUGAGGGCGUUUUAGUCUACUGAGCUCAAUUUAAAGGUAUUUAGCAAUUGCCUAUAAUUUUCUGUUGUCGGGAAGGGCUUCAGAGAUUAGCAGCUGAUGAUCAUUUGUUAAAUAGCUGUCUAGGCUGCGUCGAAUUGACAAUGAAAACUUUCUGGUUUUUUCUUGUUUCAUCUUUCUUGAAUUUCGUAGCGAUAUUUUCUUGAUAAAUUUAUAACAAUGGUCUUAUAAUUGCAUCUUUGUUUUUCUUGGCCUUUGACUCAGGGUAACAGAUCUUCCAUUGAAACAAAGAGGCUUUGCGUUUUGACUGAGAGGACUGUUGAUCACAGUAAAUUACUACGUGUUAUAAUUUUCACGCGAUCACACCUCGUUUAUCAUCAUGUUAUGUUUAGAAAGAGUGUAUACCUUGCGCGAAAUUUUAUUGCAUCAUUAGCCAGCUUAAGUCUCAUGCAAAAGUUUGGUGGCUCACCUCACGCAGCUUUGCCCAAGUGACUUCGUAUGAAAGAACCUUCAAUAAUUGCUACCUCUUCUGGACGCGAUAUUUUAAGACAUCGUCGAAAGAAAAUAGAUUGCCUUGUUUCCUGUUUGCAGACAAAAAUUUACGCUUUGGGCCAAACUUUAAUAUUUAUAUAAAAAUGCUAGAAUUAUUUCUCAUCCUGUCUUGCAAAAAUAGAAAGAAUUCGAGGUAUCUUUAUCCAAAAAAGCUGACCGAAAAUUCUAAAGCGGAAACUUUAAAAAUUAAAUAUAAAAUUAAAAAAAAUUGCAUAAGACCCUCCACUGCAAUUGGAGGGUUUGGGGCGUACGUGAAAACUUGCAAAGUCGAAGAUUAUAGCGGAAUGAGAAAACGGAACAUUGUCAUGUACUCAGUUAUUAGUUUCUUAACAAGAUCAGUGGUGGGAGGCUUCUGAGAAAUUAGAAAUAAAACGGAUUUAGGAACACAGCAACGUAAUGAUUAAUUAAAAAUGGCUAAUUUGUAAAAAAUAACUACUGUUAUCUCGCCACAAAAAUGCUUGUAACCCAAGAAUUAUAUGGAAUCUACGCUCUCUUUCUGUUCAAAAAUGUUCGCGUAAUUACUUGAAAACAAGUUGUUAACUUUCUUAUCUAACUGUUGCAUUAGUAUGAACACAAAUGACAUUAGCGUUGCAGACCGUGGCGAAAGAGAGGAUUCAUUUCCGAGUAUUGUUUAUCGCCAGCUUUGUAGCAGAUUGACCCGGCGGCGACAUCGAGUGAAUUCAAGCGUCGUGAAGGUGGUGUCGGUAAGUUGGAUUAAUUAGAUCAUUGUAAUCCGUCCUAAUCUUGUUCAAAUCCAUCCAUCUGUACGUCUCUCUGGCCCCCCACAAUUUCCUUUGUGAUUAUUUAACAGUUUUGACUGUUAUGGAGACAUUUUGUUUACAAUAUCACCUUAUACCGUUAUAUAUCUAAUAAGACUAGCAAAUACGGCUUAACACGCUGAUAUCGAUCGUCAACUGCCGACAGAUAGUCAAUCUAUAGAGAGACACAGUUUGUUUGUGUCUGAAUUCGAAAGUGAAAGAAAUUUGUACUUACUUGAAGAAAAAAGGUAAGAUUGAGAGUUUCCAGUUCUUUCUUAAGAACGUCCAAACGAGUUUAAGAGGACUUUGCAUUUAUUUACCUAAACAGUAGGUUAAUAUAAUACAAUUUAAAAUUUGUGGUAUUGUUUGUUAUGCUGUGAAAGAUUGUUAUUGGCGAUGAAACCGAAGUGUGACCAUUUCGGUGAAAGCUUCUGAAGAGAAAAUAGGGCCUUCAGUAUCUCGACAUAAAGUCAAAGUUAGCCACGAGUUUUCCCGUGAACGGUGUGCAGCUAACCAAAUAAAUGAAGGCAGUGUGGCCAUCAGACAUUUAAACGCCAAAUGUUUAUGUUUCUUUAAUUGCACAAGGAAGUUUUGACCAUGUAGCUAUUGAGUUUGUGGUUGAUUGAAAACCAGUGUAACAUUUGAAAGGAAGUCUGUUGAGCGUUGCUUUGUUCAGUACCACAUCGAUGAUAUCUGAGCGGAGUAACAGACUUUAAAUUGACCUCGGUGCUUUGGUCGAUGUAGGUGGAAUUCUAUAUUUAAACUUUUGCCUAGCGAACCACAAACACGUGCCUUGAAAUAAGAUAACAACCAUCAGAUACGUCCCUUGUGAAUAUGAUAUAUUAGUGUAAUAGCACACUCUUCGGGAACCUUUCAAUACUUCCUGUAAAAUUCCUUAACGUACAAGGGACAUAAUUAGUUCACAUAACUUAUAUCUUUCGGAAGUUUCAUUAAAUAAGAAAAUUCCCAGACGGUUUAAUUCCUUGGUUCAAUACGAAAUUAGAAUGGCACUCUUCAGUUUGCAAGAAACAAGAGAAAACUUCAGUCAUUAGGAGUUAUAAAGCAAUUGAUAUCAGUUGUGAUAAAUGACGUUAUAAAUAUUCAUGUAUGAGAGAUGAAUUUUUAUUUCCUAACAAAUUUUGUACACAAACUAAAAAAGGGUUUAAAAUGAAAGUGCUCUGGCACAGGUAUAAGCAUGGAUAUAAAUGUGCAUUUUACACAUUUAGAUCCUGCUCUCUUGGAGGGGAAUUCUAUAUCGGUAUGUUUAACCUCACAGCCCCUGCGGAAGUGCAUUUGGUCACGUCCGAAUCUUAUUCAUCAGUAAAUAAGGAAAUUAUUUAUCAGCCAUUUAGCAUACGCAUUAUCGGGCCAUAACGUCGUUAAGCGGCAUAUUCAAGGCAUAUCAGUGCGGCGGAAGGAAUACAGAGGGUACAAGGUAACUUGAGUUUAAGUACUUUCAGGUAAAUUCUAAUACGAUAUUUUCCCAGCUGAGGUUUCUGUUUUCACAGCUCCCUUAACACAAUGUACGGGUUAACGGCCGACAAAGUCGUAAUUCUGUUGUUUACAACAUUAACUUGAAGCACAGAAAUGACGUUAUGUGCAAGAGUCGCGGAUCAAACCCUCAAACAAAGCUUAAAAUCGCGCAAAUGUCGGCACAUUUGAUUUAAACUUUUGUCUUCUCCGACCACAUCUGUAAGAGGGUCAUAUGGCUGCAAUAAAGGACUGAAGACAGUAGAAACCGAUGUGAAGUCACUCAACCACUUUCAUCCAUUGCUGAUUCAUCACAUAAUGUGUGUGUUAAUGAUAGCGUCUCUCUGAUGAGUUACCAUUGCACUGUUUGUUUGUAUCUGGUCAUAGAAGUAGGCCUGAUCCUAUUGGAUCAAAUAUUUAAAGUGUUAUGAUAACUGCGUCAAGAUUUCAAUAUUUCAAUUGUUCAUUUCUAGAGAAAGACUGUUUUUAUAAUUAAACAAAACAUUUCUUAUUUCAGGUUCAUCGAUUUGAAGCCUGACGUUUGGAAGCGGUUUGGCUCUAAGGAUCAAGAGUCAUGUCAGAACGCAACAAUCCCGAGAAGGAACAGAAACAAACUCGAUACAAGAAUACCAUACACUUGUGGGAGUUUUUAUUGGAACUUCUGGAAGACGAAAGAUACAUCCCGUUAAUUUCAUGGACAAAGAAGGAAGAUGGAGAGUUCAAGAUUAAGAGACAGGAAGAAGUAGCCAAACGAUGGGGUCGCCUAAAACAACGAGCAGGAAUGAAUUAUGAUAAACUAAGCCGUGCGCUGAGGUAUUAUUACCAGAAAGGAAUUAUAAAGAAGGUACAAGGUCAAAGACUUGUGUAUAAAUUCCACAAACUUCCUUACGCGUACAAACCGGUGAAGUAUAACUGGCCUUGGCGACCACCCGUAGAGGACAACUCCAAACCAGAAAAACCUGAUAUCGUUUCCGUUCCGGUUUCGUUGACGACGCACUGGCCUCUGAUGUCCAUGUUUCACUCAAAUAGCCAACCACAGCGUCAGCUCAGCGCACCCGCGAACCACCAUUACAGUUGUCUUGAAUGUACUCCGCGAACCCAUGCGCCAACAGUUUGUAGAAGCCAGAUAAUGUUUCCACCAUGUAGUUGUAGGGGGUCAGCGGUUUACGGAUGCGGAUUGCGCAUGCUCCACGAACCAAGCUCUAUGCCUGUUCAAGUGAUAACGAGAUUUGUUUAGUAAUGCUUUAAGAUGGUCGCACAUGGCCGCUCUUUAUUUCAUUUGUACAAAUUUUGAUAAAAUGAUCAGAAAAAAUUGCUUUCGCCAUCGUGUGAACGUUUUCUACAAGAACUGAAGAUUCAAAACGUAUCUGAGAACGAGAUAAUUUCUCGUGAGACCUUGCGACUCAGAGUCCACAUGCAUGUUAUUUUACCUUCAGAUAAAACGUUGCCCGAAACAAUAUCGACCGACAAUAACAUCACUCGAGAAAAAAAAGGUGAGAUAUUGUUUUAAGGUAAGAACGGUUAGAAACGUGAGUGUUUGAAUAUGUAGUUCAGCUAAAUGUAUUUCCUUUGUUAUGUAAUAAACAGCAACAUUAGGUAGCUUUAACUUA